AUGACCGUAGCUCUGCGUAGUGUGGAGGUCAAGAUAAGGAUGCAGAUGUUGCCAAGUAUGCAAUGCUGCGAUAUCAAAGAUUGUGUUUCGUUCUUCUGUGGGUAUCCAACAGUUCUCGGCGUUGAAGCCAAUGCGUCCGAUAAGUUGCGUACGGCAGUCGGCUGA